CAAGAUGUGCUGCGUCCGUGGCGCCACUGGUGCGCUAUCCGGGGACGGCGACGCACAGACACCCCGCGUUUAGAUGGCUCCAACAUUUGGGGUGCAAAACAGGUGUCAGGGAAGUGUCGUCACGAACCCCGGAAGCCGGAGGAGGUGGGAACAUCAGAGGGAAAGAUGGCAGCGAAAUCCGAUGGUCGCGGGGUCGUCACCGGUUUCGCCCAGCUGCACAACCUGGACGAGGUGGUGGGGACGGGAGAGGACGACAAUCGGAACAGCAGCUCUUUCCAUAUCUGCCACUGCUGCCACACCUCGUCGUGCUACUGGGGCUGCCGGAGCGCCUGCCUGCAUUACCUCCGGGGAAAGGGGAAGGGGAAGGGGAGAGAUUCGGCGCGGCCACCGCAGGAGGAGCGCCUCUGGCUGGACUGCCUGUGGAUCAUCCUGGCGCUGCUGGUCUUUUUCUGGGACGUGGGGACCGAUUUGUGGCUGGCCAUCGACUAUUACCACAAGCAGGAGUUCCUGUGGUCAGGCCUGACCCUGUUCUUCGUGCUGGUGCCCUCGGUCCUGGUCCAGAUCCUGAGCUUCAGGUGGUUUGUGCAGGAUUACACUGGAGGAGGACUGGGCUCAGUGGAGGGGCUGAGUAACCGGAGAGUUUCAAGUCUGCAAAGAGACAGGUGUUGCCUCCUCUCUGUCUGGGUCUGGCAGACCGUCAUACACAUCUUUCAGUUGGGACAAGUGUGGAGGUACAUCCGCACCAUGUACCUCGGUAUACAGAGUCACCGGCAGAAGGAGAACCAGCGGCGUUUUUACUGGGCUAUGAUGUACGAGUAUGCCGAUGUCAACAUGCUGCGACUGCUGGAGACCUUCUUAGAAAGCGCCCCUCAGAUGGUGCUGCAGCUCUGCAUUAUGAUCCAGAGCAACAAUGCUGAGUGGCUGCAGUGUCUUUCAACCAUGUCCUCCCUCCUGUCCCUGGCCUGGGUGCUAGCCUCUUACCACAAACUCCUGCGUGAUUCACGUGACGACCAGAAGAGCAUGAGUUACCGAGGUGCCCUGGUGCAUCUGUUCUGGCGCCUUUUUACCAUCUCCUCACGGGUGAUCUCCCUUGCCCUAUUUGCCUCGGUUUUCCACAUAUACUUUGGCAUUUUUGUGGUGCUCCAUUGGUGUGCCAUGGCUUUCUGGGUCAUCCAUGGCGGCACCGACUUCUGCAUGUCCAAGUGGGAGGAAGUACUGUUCAACAUGGUGGUGGGGGUGGUCUAUGUCUUCUGUUGGUUCAAUGUACGCGAGGGCCGGACGCGGUACAGAAUGGUGACCUAUUAUACAGUAGUGCUGUUAGAGAACGCCAUCCUAAGCCUCCUUUGGUAUGCGUAUCGUGACCCAGUCACCACUGACGCCUAUGCCGCUUUUGCCCUCUGUGGUGUCUUCCUGUGCUUUGCCUCAGGUGUGGCCUGUAUGGUUCUCUAUUACGGGGUCCUACACCCCAUGGGCCCCCGGCUGAGGGUGCUGGCCAGCUCAUGCUGCGCUGAGCUUCUUUGGGGCCUUCCAUUACCCCCCGAGGCCGAGCCCAUGGCUCCCACACCUGGACCGCGUGGUUCUCAGGCUACCCCCACACGGGGUCUGGCAGGGGAAUAUGAGGAGUCAGAUGAAACACCCACGGACACCUGCCUACCGGUUUUCCAGGUGAGGUCCACAGAGCCUGUGGAUGCCGCUGGCAGGCCCAUCCAGCCCGAGGGUCCUCUCAUUAAGAUAGACAUGCCCAGAAAACGCUACCCAGCAUGGGAUGCACACUUUGUGGAUCGGCGCCUGCGCAGGACCAUAAAUGUGCUGCAGUACAUUAGCCCUAACGCGGUGGGCAUCAGGUAUAGGGACGGUCCACUUCUCUAUGAACUCCUGCAGUAUGAAUCCUCCCUCUGAAGGCAUCUUUUCCCACAGCUCUGCCACGUCCUCUUACACACUACGAGGCACAUACUUAUCCUUUCUUGGACUAUGCUCUUCCUCCUCUCCAGAUAUUAUCUCUUUCCAUUUGACACACUGCUAUCUCCUUCUCUCCUCUCUGAUCAUUCUAUUUUCCUGCAAGAGAUGUGUGUCGAGACGGUCGAAACACACAGCCAUGAUUUAUUUUUGGAAAAGAAACAUACAGUACAGAGAUAAAAUCAUGAACCUCCAAUAUCUGUGAUAUAUACAGAAGAAUCAUGUAAAUCCCUCUACAUUGAUAUAGGAGGGUUCUGUAUGCGUGUGUAGAUAAAAUAUGAAUGUUUCAUUAUGAAAUGUGUUUAAUGCAUUAUACUGUA